CCCAUUGUAUUUUCCUUUGAAUUAAAAAAAAUGAUUACAAGAUGACGAAGCUCAUGGUUAUCCGACGUCAGAUUGAGUCGGACCAAUCGUCUCCGCCCGCCAAAUACAUCGCAAUCUUCAUUUCAGAAUUUUACGUGAAUUUUCAGAAAAUAUUCAGAAAUUUUCGGUUAGGAUUCCACAUACUUAGAUUUUACACGACGCGCAAAACAGUCCACAUUCAGGAUAGUAUAAAAACUGAAUAUUGGUUAUUUGAUUUUUGCGUGCCGCUUUCAUCCUGCUCUACCACCGGUAGCAAAAGCUCGGUGGUUGGUUUUUCUUCCGCUCCGUCGCUCUGUUCUCUGGAUACCCUUUGCCCCCUUUGCUUUUACAGGAGGAAAGAGGGCAAGGGUGGGUGAAGAUGGAAGCUAAAUCAGAGAAUUUUUCGGUCAAUUUUUUGAUGGGAGGAACAGCAGCGGUCUUAUCAAAAAGUGCUGCAGCACCAAUUGAAAGAGUAAAGCUUUUGCUGCAGAAUCAGGGAGAGUUGAUAAAAAGAGGACAGCUAAAAAGGCCUUACAUGGGCAUUGGUGACUGCUUUCAGAGAGUUUUGAGAGAGGAUGGUUUUGCCUCCUUCUGGAGGGGUAACCAGGCCAAUGUCAUACGAUACAUCCCAACCCAGGCUUGCAACUUUGCAUUCAAAGGUUACUUCAAAAACCGCUUUGGAUAUUCAAAAGAGAAAGAUGGGUAUAUAAAGUGGUUUGCUGGAAAUGUCGCUUCAGGUAGUGCUGCUGGAGCAACCACCUCAUUAUUCCUUUAUCACUUGGACUAUGCACGAACUAGGCUGGGCACUGAUGCAAGGGAAUGCCCCAUUAAUGGAAGACGCCAAUACAAGGGACUGAUAGAUGUUUAUCAGAAAACAUUGUCAAGUGAUGGUGUUGUUGGGCUCUACCGUGGAUUUGGGGUUUCAAUUAUAGGAAUAACCAUGUAUCGGGGCAUGUACUUUGGAAUCUAUGACACCCUGAAACCAGUUGUUUUAUCUGGAACCUUACAGGACAAUUUCUUUGCAAGUUUCAUGUUGGGCUGGAGUGUGACCACUAUUUCUGGGAUCUGUGCCUACCCUUUUGAUACACUGCGGAGAAGAAUGAUGCUAACUUCUGGACAGGAAGUGAAGUACCGUAGCGCCUUUCAUGCACUAAGAGAAAUCAUUCGCCUCGAAGGAUUUGCAGCACUUUUCCGAGGAGUUACAGCAAACAUGCUUUAUGGUGUUGCGGGUGCUGGAGUACUUGCAGGAUAUGAUCAGCUGCACAGAAUUGUAUAUAGACCUAGUUAUAGCUUCGAGUCUCGAAGAGCCUUCAAGUAAAUUAGCUGUUCAGUAGCCAAACUUCUUAGAACGAAAAAGCUUAAAAGAGAUCACUCUCCAUUCGUAGUGAAGGAAGGAGAAAGAAAUAGAGCAAAGACAAUUUUGGGAGAUGGUGAAAUCAAGUUCUUUAGUUCAGUGGGCAAAGAAUCUUAUCUGCUACUGUGGAGGAGACUGACUUCUUACUGCUGAUUAGAACUUGCAGUUAACCUUGGAGCAUAACUGUGCAUUUAUCUUGGGAUUUUAGGAUGUAUACUUGUCACUUGUGUGUUCUCUGUACAGUUCAACAUAAAUGUACAUAUAGCUUGUAUUGGCUUACAAGCAAGCUAAUACCUUGCUAUUUUUCUCACCAUAAUAGGUUAAAUGUGAAUAGUAGCAAACCCAUCAUAUGUUUGAAUUGAUUCGUUUAUGUCAUGCCACAAACAAAGUUGGCUCUGUUUCAUUGA